GCCGCGUCUCAGGGCUAUUACUCCCCCGCAGCUCACGGUGCGAGGCAUCCAUCGAUUAGCAGCAAUCGCCGUUCCCGACUCGGCGAAAGGAUUGUCUCGCCGCCGCCGCCGCCGGACGAGGAGGAGGAGAGGCCGAGAUGUUCUUCCACAUCGUGCUGGAGCGGAACAUGCAACUGCACCCGCGGCACUUCGGCCCGCACCUCCGCGACAAGCUCGUCGCCAAGCUCAUGAAGGACGUCGAGGGCACCUGCAGCGGGCGGCACGGGUUCGUCGUGGCGAUCACGGGGGUGGAGGACAUCGGCAAGGGGCUCAUCCGGGAGGGCACGGGCUUCGUCACGUUCCCCGUCAAGUACCAGUGCGUCGUCUUCCGCCCCUUCAAGGGCGAGAUCCUUGAGGCCGUCGUCACCAUGGUCAACAAGAUGGGGUUCUUCGCAGAGGCUGGGCCUGUGCAGAUCUUUGUGUCAAACCAUUUGAUUCCUGACGAUAUGGAGUUCCAGUCUGGUGAUGUGCCAAACUACACAACUUCUGAUGGAUCGGUGAAAAUUCAAAAAGAAAGUGAGGUUCGUCUGAAGAUUAUAGGCACUCGUGUUGACGCAACAGAAAUUUUUUGCAUCGGCACGAUAAAAGACGACUUUCUGGGCGUUAUCAGUGAUCCUGGUGGAGCGCUGUAAAUGAUCCAAACAAGACUCAGCAUGGUCUCCAACUUCCGCAUCAUGAUAUAUAUCUGGGAAGAGUCCCCAAGGAAGGUUGCGACUGGCCUGUAAUUUGUGUCCUGAUGUAAAAUGUGAUGUCAUGCUUAUCUAAUGGAAGCCAGGGUCCUAAUACUUUUAAGAAAAAGUAACUGGCACCUGUAAUAUCAUAACUAGGAUCUUUUUUAACUGUGGUGGUUGACAUGUUUGGAUUCAAGCAGUUGUCUGAACUUCCAGACCAGAUUGUGCAACCAUGCAUCGCACCUAA